CUCUGCCGGGGCUCCCGGGGCCGGAGCCAUGCGCGCCGCCGCGCUGGGGCUGGCGCUCCGGGCACUCUGGGCUCUGGCCCUCUCCUCCCUCUCCAACACGCUGGCAGUGAACAACAGCGGGCGGUGGUGGGGCAUCAUCAACGUGGCCUCGUCCACCAACCUGCUGACCGACUCCAAGAACGUGCAGCUGGUGCUGGACCCCAGCCUGCAGCUGCUGAGCCGAAAGCAGCGCAAGCUGAUCCGGCAGAACCCCGGCAUCCUGCACAGCGUCAGCUCCGGCCUCCAGACCGCCAUCAAGGAGUGCAAGUGGCAGUUCCGCAACCGCCGCUGGAACUGCCCCACCUCGCAGGGCCCCAACAUCUUCGGCAAAAUCGUCAACAGGGGCUGCCGGGAGACAGCGUUCAUCUUUGCCAUCACCAGCGCUGGCGUCACACACUCGGUGGCCCGGUCGUGCUCGGAGGGGUCCAUCGAGUCCUGCACCUGUGACUACCGGCGCCGUGGGCCCGGGGGUCCCGACUGGCACUGGGGGGGCUGCAGUGACAACAUCGACUUUGGCCGCCUCUUCGGGAGGGAGUUUGUGGACUCCAGCGAGAAGGGCCGGGACCUGCGUUUCCUCAUGAACCUGCACAACAACGAGGCCGGGCGCAUGACUGUCUUCUCGGAGAUGCGCCAGGAGUGCAAGUGCCACGGCAUGUCGGGCUCCUGCACCGUCCGCACCUGCUGGAUGCGGCUGCCCACCUUCCGUGCCGUGGGUGAUGUCCUGAAGGAUCGCUUCGACGGCGCUUCCCGCGUCAUCUACGGCAACAAGGGCAGCAACCGCGCGUCGCGGGUGGAGCUGCAUCACCUGGAGCCCGAGAACCCGGCCCACAAACCCCCCUCGCCCCACGACCUCGUGUACUUCGAGAAAUCGCCCAAUUUCUGCACCUACAGCGGGAAGAUGGGCACGGCGGGCACGGCUGGCAGGUUCUGCAACAGCUCCUCGCCAGGGCUGGACGGGUGCGAGCUGCUGUGCUGCGGGCGCGGGUACCGCACGCGCACCCAGCGCGUCACCGAGCGCUGCAACUGCACCUUCCACUGGUGCUGCCACGUCAGCUGCCUCAACUGCACCAACACCCAGGUGCUGCACGAGUGCCUGUGAGCUGCCCGGCCCGGCCCCGGAGGGGGUCAGCGCCACCCACCCCCCAUGACGGGUGCCCGGCUGGAUUGAAGGCACCUAUGGGUGCGGGGUGUGGAUGUGUCCUAGGGACCCCCGUCCUGCCAUGGGUGGGCUCAGUGUCAAGCACCUUGCCGGCCACUCCCCGGCUCCACGGGGUCACUUCUUGCUGUAAAUAAAAUAUUUAUUGUGGACGGUUUGGUGCUGCCGCCCCCCCCACCCUGCUUCGCUGGCCCCAGGCCCUGUUUUUUAUAAUGAAAGAUAAUAAUAAUUAAUAAUGAUGAUGCUUUGUUACAGGUGUCAUUGAUAGCCUUUAGAGAAGAAUAAAGAAUAUAUUUUUAUCA